CUCCGGAGUUGCUGGUUGUUGAAGCCUUAUUGUGUGUGUGCGCGCGAGCGCGCGCUCCGGACGGAGGAAGCGAUGGGCAGAUAGCAAGUCCGGGUUUGUGUGAUUGUGUGUGUGUGUGUUUGAAGAGGGGGUGGGAGGCGUCCUUGACAGACAGAGCGAGCCAGCGGGCGGAAAGCCCCCUUCUUCCCGCUAGCCUUCGCUUCGCCCAUCGCGCAGCCUAUGCCAGUUGGGCGAAGGGCGCAGAAGGGGGCUCGCCUCCGACGGGGGCAGUCGGGAGCCAGGAGAAGAGGAAGGAGGGGCUGCUGAAGAGCCCCUCCCCCCCCAAGGACCCCUUCCUCCGCCGCUUCCCAGAGGACCCCCGGCCGCUUCGCCCAGCCCGCAGCCCCGCAGGCACCAUGAAUUGGGGCGCCGAGCUAUGGGAUCAAUUUGACACCCUCGAAAAACACACCCAAUGGGGAAUCGACAUUCUAGAAAAAUACAUCAAAUUCGUCAAGGAUCGGACGGAGAUCGAAAUCAAUUAUGCAAAGCAGCUUAGGAACCUCGCAAAGAAAUACCAGCCCAAAAAGAAUUCCAAAGAAGAGGAUGAAUACAUGUAUUCAUCUUGUCAAGCUUUCCUGGCAACUUUGAACGAAAUGAACGAUUACGCCGGUCAGCACGAAGUCAUUUCCGAGAACAUGACUUCCCAAAUCACCACCGAGUUAGCCCGUUACGUACAAGAACUCAAGCAGGAAAGGAAAUCGCAUUUUCACGACGGACGGAAAGCGCAGCAACACAUAGAAACCUGUUGGAAACAGCUGGAAUCGAGCAAGCGGCGUUUUGAACGGGAUUGCAAAGAAGCCGACCGAGCGCAACAGUACUUUGAGAAGAUGGAUGCGGACCUCAACGUCACGAAAGCAGAUGUGGAAAAGGCACGCCAGCAGGCCCAGGUGCGUCACCAGAUGGCCGAAGAGAGCAAAGGAGAGUAUCUCUCCACCUUACAGAGAUUCAACCAGGAGCAACGAGAACAUUACCACACGCACAUCCCCAGCAUUUUCCAGAAAAUCCAAGACAUGGAAGAGAGGCGGAUCAUCAGAAUAGGGGAAUCCAUGAAGACAUUUGCCGAGGUGGAUCGCCAGGUGACGCCCAUCAUCGGAAAGUGCCUGGACGAGAUCACCAAGGCCGUGGAUUCCAUUGACCCAAAGCACGAUUCUCAGCUCGUGGUCGAUGCCUUCAAAUCCGGCUUUGAACCCCCAGGAGAUGUUGACUUCGAAGACUUCACCCAGCCAAUCAAGCGAGCCGUUUCCGAAUCCAGCCUCUCGAACUCAAAAGAGAGCAAAUCCGAAUCCAGAUUUUCCAGCAAGUCGAAGGGCAAAUUAUGGCCGUUCAUCAAAAAAAACAAGCUUAUGUCCCUUUUAACACCCCCCUAUCAGCCUCCUCCUCUGCCCCCUUCCUCUGCCUCGCCUUCUGCUCUGCCAAAUGGCCCUCAGUCCCCUAAGCAGCAAAAGGAACCCCUGUCCCAUCGCUUCAACGAAUUCAUGACCUCCAAACCCAAAAUCCACUGCUUCAGGAGCCUAAAGCGCGGGCUUUCUCUGAAGCUGAUAACUUUGAAUAUGCAAGUCUGGAAUUUAAUGGAGGGAGGAGGGCCGGAAGAUUAUAGCAACCUUCCCCCAGAGCAACGGAGAAAGAAACUCCAGCAAAAAGUGGAUGAAAUCAACAAGGAUAUUCAGAAAGAGCUGGAUCAAAGAGAGGCCUUAACGAAAAUGAAGGACGUCUACAUCAAGAACCCCCAAAUGGGGGACGCGGUUAGCGUGGACAUCAAGUUAGCUGAACUUGCACAAAACUUGGAGAAGCUGAGGCUGGAAGUACAAAAAUUUGAGGGCUGGUUAGCAGAGGUGGAAGGUCGGUUACCUGUCCGGACAGAGGUGAUGCGCCGCCAGAGUGGAGCCUACGAGCCCCAGAGUAACACCUUGACCGUCACAAACUGCGUCCAGGAUAGAGAGAGCAGUCCCGAUGGCGGUUACACAGAGGAACCCAGCCAGGAGAGUGAGAUGAAAACGCCGACGACCGAAUUUGACGAUGAAUUUGACGAUGAGGAACCUCUGCCCACCAUCGGCACCUGCAAGGCUCUCUACACCUUUGAUGGGCAGAACGAAGGAACCAUUUCUGUAACGGAAGGAGAGACGCUGUACGUCAUAGAGGAAGACAAAGGAGAUGGGUGGACUCGCAUCCGGAGAAACGAGGAUGAGGAAGGCUACGUCCCCACUUCUUACGUCGAGGUCUUUUUGGAGAAGAAUGCCAAAGAUUCCUAAAGUAAAAAAAGAGGAAAAAAACACAAAGUCAGUUGCUGUCACAGGAGCCUCAGGACGAGCUGGGCACACCGGAGAAAGAAACGGCCGAUUGGAUUUUAUGAUUAUUUUGAAACGUGUCCCGUUUUUUGAAAACCGCUUCUGGCGUUUGGAGAGCUUGGGACAAAAGGGAGGGGGAGUCAAGGCAUUUUAAGUCCUUCAGUGGGGAGGAGAAUUAAAGCCCCCCCCCCAUCUGAAACGGUCCUUCAAGCUCAUCCUUCAUCGCUUCUUUACGUUCUCCUGCCUCCGAGCUUCUGGCACCAACGGAUCCCUCUUGGCUUGGCUCAAGUGGUUUUCCACCACCGCUUACCGGAUCCACACUGUGGGGUCCCCUCUCUUCUUCCACCAAGGAAGGGACGGGACGGAAUCAGCGGAUCAACGGUUACCCCUUCCUCCUCCCCCUCCUUUCUCCUGGCCCCUCAAACAGGUCUCCUGCACAGAAAACCGUCCGAAUACCAAGCUAUGAAACGGAGGGUCCUCGCCACGAGAUAGAAUUUACGAUUUGCCACGCAGUCUGACAUCAUCAGUUCGGUCCACAGCUAAUUUGCAGGUCUGAGAUCCAAACAAUUUUUGUUUUUAAUCCAUCAGAUCUAACCACUGGGCUUUGACUAGGAAAGCCGGGUGGGCUUAGCCCCGUUUUAUCGCUUGAGGAGAAAAUGGAGGAGCCAAUAUGACUUUCCCAUGGGGCUUAGAGCAGGAGAUGGAAGUGUUGGCUGUUGGGAGCCCAUAGGACGUCUUGGCCACAUUGAGAAGAUCCCCCGUUGGUUAGGCUGGCCAACCUUCCUUGAAGGACCUAGGUUGGAGAAGACUUUCCUUAGAAGUUGAUCGAGGAGCUUCUGGUGCUGCUCUCUCCAGAAGGGAGAAGGCAAAAGACGUUCCCUCCCAGCUGGGUUGUGUUUGGUGUGACGGAGGGAGGUGGAGGUGGUGGCGGGAGGGCCUCCAUUUCUCCCUUCACUCACUCCAUCUGUCCAUCACACCCAGAUCCAGAGGAGGUUCAUUGGAAGGAGAACGGGCUUCUAUGGCAGAGUAGAGUCCUAGAAGAUAGCUCUUGUGCCCAUGGGUGGCCUUGAGAUCACCCCAAAAUUAGCCUGGCUGAUUUGAUGGGCGUUAUGCCCAGGAGAACGCUUGGCUAUUCAAGAUGGGAUUUGCAUCAUGCUAAGAACUGAUGGUCUGGUUUGGUCCUGGGUUAGUGGAGAGCUCACCCAGCCAUGGUUUGGUUGGCAACCUUAAACACUCAAAAGAGCCAUUUGGAUCCGUUACCCACAGAAAAGACCUGGAGCCACAAAACCCACCGGGGAUCGAAAAGCUCAGUAAAUCCUGUGCUGGCGCACAUUGGUGGUUGUGACACCUAUUUUGAGCCGCACCAGAGGGAUGAAAACAGCCACAUGCAGCUCCGGAGCCGCAGGUUGCUGACCCCUGGUUUAGUGCCAAGUAUCUCCCUUACCAAAACAUGUUGAAGUACAGUCUUAGCGUGAUGCAUAAAUGAAGCUGUUAGAGCCCCAAGGUGUGCCUUGCCCCCAGGCCAAGCUACCCAUGUGCAGAGACGCCCCGUUUUGGUCCUGGGUUCGAGCCGUUUCACAGCACCCGGAAACUUUGCAGAAAGCAGUUCGGAGGCCCUGGUUUGGGGCUGCUGUGGUGUCUAUGGGCACCCGUGGUGUUCACCAGGACUUCAGUUCCACGCCUCACCUCUGCUAAAGCCCCGUGACUUGCAGGUAGGAAUUCAGAUUUCUCCUUCUAGGAAGUGCCUUCAGGUCCCCUUCAUCCGACAGCCCUCUUACUAAGAAUUAAGGAGAUAUUUUCUUUCCACUUCAGGAAGGGUCUGAUCUGAUGCAGAGUUCCUCCACCUCGCUGGCUUUAAAAACAGGUAGACUUCAACUCCCAGAAUUCUCAAGCCAGCCCCAAUUGUUGACGGAUGGCUUUUGGGAGGCCUGGACAAGAGAACCAGACUGCUCCCAAGGCCUUCAGCCUUUCUGCCUGGUCUUGCCAACUGGGAGGCUCUGCUGGGCUGGCGAAGCUGGUUUGGCCUUGCUGAGCUUCCCGGGGAUCUGGUUUUCCCAUCUGCACGGCUUUUAUUUCACGAAUAUUCUUUUAGCUGCCCGACAUCUUUCAUGCAAAUCUCGAUUUCUUCUUCCUUUCAGCCUGUUAGUUCCCUGCUCCGCCCUCUAUGCAUCGUCCAGGUCACUUUAAUCUCCAGCCCGUUUAAUCUCUCUCCUUGCCCCUUUAAUUUAUUAAAUUGUUUUGCAUGACGCCUUCUCAAAAUCCACCCCUCCACCUUCUCUCGCAGGGCCCUCCUCAUUUAUUUAUUUCAGCUUUUCCCAACCCCCAUCCUGCUUGGGGAUUGCUGCGUUGGGCAAGGGGUUGGACUAGAAGACCUCCAAGGUCCCUUCUCCAGCCCUUUGGUGCUACCAUCCAUCCCGGCCAAAUUUUGCUGUGAUUCCUGCCCUUCUCGGCUCUCGCCUGGCCUCAGUUUUUAAUUCCGUUUUGUGAGCCAUGCCAUCACAUCGAAGUUGCAGCUUUGGUCAGCGUCCCGAAAGACCAAAGGUCCUACUCCAAAACUGGAGCCUUGUAGCCGAUUGGCCAAGAAAGGUUAUUGCUGUGCUGAGUUCAAGAGACGGCCGGUUUUGAACUCGCCUCUUCUUGGAAGUCAGAAGGGAGCUGCGGUAGCCCCAGAUUGCAGCUUCAACUACCUGUGGUUGCAACCCAGUUGGAAAGCCAAGGGGACCAAGAACACGGACGGUGAAACCUCAUUUCUCCAUCCAAAGAGGUGGAAAUCAACAGGCGAGAAUGGAUUUUUUAAGGAAUUUGGCGGGAUUCCCUGUCUGCGUUGAAGAAGAAAACCUGAAUCUUCCCGACGAGAAAGUUGUUAGCAGGGAAGUGAAGAGUUGGAAGCUGGAGCAGACAUUGGAAACACCCUCCAGAUGGGAGGCUUAACCAUGAGUGGACAAUUGAUGUCCAUCUGUGGAUAUAACUGCACCGUUAUAACUCAUCCUCGCACAUCCUCACCAUUAAAAAUAUCCUGGUGGAAUAAAAGUUGCCUGCUACGAACCUCGCCAAGAUGGGAACAAAUCUAGGAACGGGCAGCUUGGAUUUGCGGAGGAUGGGGCGCCCACAAGCCCAGGAAUCUAAAUUGAGCCUCCACUCUUGGGAACAGUUUACCUGUGGGGAUCAGAAAUUGGUGGGGGGGGGGGGGGGAGGGAGGGUGAAGGCAGAGCCUUCUCUGGACUUUGGUCUACUGCAGCUCUCAAUGUACUUAGGGUGGACAUGGAUAUUCAGGGAGAGGGCAUCCCCCCCCCAAUUGUUACCCUGGUGGGCCAGGCAACCUCCCCCCCCCCACCUGCCCCAACCUCCCUGGAGCAGAAGGCAGUUUAGCCUUCCAGGUUUCCCACCUUGCAGGGAGAGUUUGAGGAAGCCCAAAGCAAAAUAAAAUAAAGUUGCAGCAUGAUUUGGCAACAGAGAGCUUCCUAUUUGCCCUUCGAUUUAGGAAACUCCCGGUUGGGCCGAGUUCUUGGAAAUAAAAUGACCUGAAAAUUCUUCUUUCCCUGCAGCCCAGAAAGGCAGGGCAUCUUUUGCACCUGGGGCUCUCCAAAAUAAAGAUCCCACUUUGGUUUUUAAAAUUCCCAAUUUUUUUUUCUUCUCCUUUCCCAAAUCCAGCAUCCUUAGAAAAGGGCCUCUCCCUGCUUUCUCUUUCGCCUUUUGAACAGUUUGGGGAACAAGUUCCCCUUUUCUCCCACCCAAAAUAAUUUUUUUAAAAAAUGCUUCUUUGUAAAGCUUCAUGUUUGGUGCAUCACCGGAUCUAAGAUCUCGCUGGACCAAUCCCUGAUCAGGAACGUCCACAUGGACAGAUAAGAUAGAUAAACCCAACUUUGUUUCCCACAAACCAAGGUUGCAAUUGAGCCAUGGUUUCAAUCUCCCUUUUUUUUUAAAUCCAGGUGCUAAGACACCGCCAGACCGGUUAUCGACUGUCCACCUUAACCUUUUUGCAAAGGUUGAUAGGACAUGGGUUUAAUUUGGGAAAAAAAGAAAGGUGUGGAUUUGUUGAAGACAUAAAGGAAGGGAAAGUUAUUCUUUUUUCAACCCUGGAUUAGGAGCAAAUGCCCCAAGAGAUGUUUUGUUGGAAAUGCUUAUUUUGCAUGCAACGGAAAACGGGGGAGAAAAUGUUAAGGACGGAGAAUUGUUAUCUUAAUUAAUUUUGCCCUUGAGCCUUGGUGGCGCAGUUGUCAAGAGUGCAUCACUGCAGGCUGUUUCUGCUGCCUGCCAGUUGCCUGAAAUUGGGUAGACUGAAUCUUACCAGACUCCCACCCUUCCGAGCAGUAUAUAAGUCUAAGUGCUAUUGCUAUUUUAAUUCAAUUAUUUUUUGGGGGGUGCCUAUUUUACAGGGGAUUUUGCUUCCCAAGGCUCAGCCACCUUCCUCCUCCCCCAGGAUGGCUGGGGGGAAAAAUACUUAGGAAAUCACGGUGCCAAAAAAGCUGCAGUUUUGAAUCCCAACAUGUGUUUUGACUUGGAAGGCUUGUUUUGAGAUUGUUUUUUUUUAAUUUCACCCUGGAAACCUUCGUACACAUCACGUAAUAAAUUUUAAGAGAAAUGUUUUUAAAUUUUUUUUUCCAGAUUCAGAAUAUUGUCCCUUGUCCCCGAGGGAGUAGAGACCCUAUGUUAGAAUAUAUUUGAAAAGUUUCAUCUACGCUUAAAAAGUGUGCAUGAAAUUUUAACGUAGGGCCUUAGAGGUGUGAAUUUGAAGUAGGUAAAUAACACAACCAAGUUUCUAAAAGGUUUUUUUCCUCCUUGGUUAGGAUCAGACUAAAAAGACGAGAUUAUCCUGGCCUCUCCACUCAUCCGCUAACGCCCUUUCUUACCAUCUGUAAAUAAACGAGAGAGAAAAAAAAAUAUUUACUGAAAAACUGUGUUUUAAUGCUGAGUAUUUUUCAAAGGUUCUGCGUACUUCGCAUCUCUCCUUCUCAUGCUUGAAGUGUCAAAAAAUGUAAAGAAGAAAAAAAAACCCGCCAAAUUAUAUUUUAACAUAAAACGUUAAGCACUUUUUUUUUGUUUUUUCCAUUUUUUUUUUUAAUGGUUUACUUCUGUGUGUUUAGGCACUGGAUUCUUUUAAUGUAGGUUUUUUGGUGGCGACUUAAAUGUCUGUGCGUAUGUAUGAUUUUCCUAGCUGAAAAAAACAAGGUGUAAAGAAAAUCCGAGUUCUAGUGUUUCCGACUCAUUUUAUUUCUGGCGACAGAAUUCAAUCAAAUAAAGUGCUUCCAUUUGAAAGCGA